AAGACUUCAUUUACAGGCCUAUCCGUAAGGCACCCUCUCUCUUCGCCCCCUUUGCCUUGAGGGCUAAUGGCAGGCCUUCAAAACCUUCCCUCCCCCACUCCCUCAUCCCGCCUCUCUCCCCCCCUUCCAGUGCCAACGCGGGUCAGCCCCUCCCCAUGCCCCCGCCAUCCACCGACCCCCUGCUCCCCCCUGGGUCCCAAACCACCCUCGCUCUGCGCCGCCUGUGCCUCAAGGACCAACGGCAGGCCGCCAUGUGGCAGCCAGUCAUGGAGGCGUGUGGGGGGACACUGGGGACGCUCAUUCUGGGGAGGAACACGGGCAAUUGGGACGCGGCUAUAGAGGGGCUGGUGGCGAGGAACAAAACGGCAGUUCUGAAACAGUUAUUGGUGGAGAAGACCCUUCUUUCAGAUCGCUCCCUCCAUGCUUUGGCCCAGUGCCCCGGUCUCGAGCUCAUGGGCAUCGUGCAUUCGCCGCACUGCACCGACGCUGGCAUGGCUGCUGUGGCUGCUGGGUGCCCCCAGCUGCGGUGGGUUCACAUCGACGGGUGGUCCUCGGGGCACAUUGGGGAUGCUGGAUUGACUGCCAUCGCCAAGCACUGCAGUCAGCUGCAGGACCUGGUCAUAGUGGGGGGCUCCUGCACCCUCGCCUCUCUGCAACAACUCGCAUCCGGCUGCCCCAAUCUCGACCGCCUCACUCUCUGCUACAUGCGCUCCAUAGGCGACGACGAGGCGUCCUGCAUUGCCACGUCGUGCCGCAAGCUGCGCCGCCUCUGCCUGCUCGCCUGCCCCAACAUCACUGACGCAGCCGUCCUUUUCCUCGCCACGGGCUGCCCGAGCCUCGCCACGUUGAAGCUUCGACGCUGCCCGCUGGUGACCCGGGCAGCGCUGGACAUGUUGCAUGAGGCACGGCCAGAGAUAGAGAUCAGUGAUGAGGAGUCGGCAGCGAAUGCACAGGGGGAGCAGGGGGAGGGGGGAGGAACUGGGGUUGCUGCUGGUGCUGCUGGUGCUGCUGCUGGUGCUGCUGCUGGUGCUGCUGCUGGUGCUGCUGCUGGUGCUGCUGCUGGUGCUGCUGCUGCUGCUGGUGCUGGUGCUGGUGCUGGUGCUGGUGCUGGUGCUGGUGCUGGUGCUGGUGCUGGUGCUGGUGCUGGUGCUGGAACUGGUGCUGGUGCUGGUGCUGGUGCUGGUGCUGGUUCUGGUUCUGGUGUUGUUGGUGUUGCUGGUGCUGCUGGUGCUCCUGUUGCUGGUAGUGCUGCUGCUGGUGCUGGUGCUGCUACUGCCUCAACCGCUUCUGCUGUUGGCAGAGAGCGAAGCACAAGUGCCGCGGCAGAAGCAGCAGCAUCUGCCGGAGUGUCACCAGCAGCCGUGGCAGCAGUCACAGCAGCAGCUGUCAUCGCUGUAGCAAGCAGGGUGCACCCUGUGCCUCUUGCUGCUGCCCCUCCUGCGGCUGCUGCAGCACCUCCUUCUCCUGCUCGCACUGCUCUUUCCCCAUCUUCCCCGUCUCGUUUGGCUCCUGCAGUCGCCUCUGUUACUCGUGACGGUGCUGCCGGUGUUGUUGGUGCGGCUGGUGGUGUUGGUGCUGCUGGUGUUGUUGGUGCUGCCAGUGCUGGUGCUGCUGGUGGUGGUGCUGGUGCUACUGGUGCUUUCCCUCCCAGUAUUGCAAGCCCUGGUGUUGAUAGCAGAGAAGCCAUGGGAACAAGUCAUAGGGCCAUGACUCAAGCUCCAGAGGCACAUGCACAUGGGCAUGGGCAUGGGCAUGGGCAUGGGCAUGGGCAUGGGCAUGGGAAUGGGCACACUCACACUCAAUACACUUACUCUCAACCCACUCACACUCACCCCACUCACUCUCAACUCACUCGCUCUCUCCCCACGCACUCUCACCCCAACCACUCUCUCCCCACACACUCUCACCCCACCCACUCUCUCCCCAUGCACUCUCACCCCACUCACUCUCUCCCCACUCACUCUCAACCCACUCACACUCACCCCACUCACUCUCAGGCCCCUCACUCUCAGGCCCCUCACUCUCAGGCCCCUCACCCCGGUCCAUCUCACACUGCCGCUCUACCACCCAUCUCUUAUGCUGCUGGAUCUUCAGCCGCAGCAGCAGCUAGUCAAACAACAGCAGCAGCAACAACAGCAGCAGGAGGAGCAGCAGCAGGAGGAGCAGCAGCAGCACCAGCAGCUACGGGAACAGCAGUAAGGGGAGGCAGGAGCAUGCAGGAAGGGGAGGAGGCAAGGGAGGCUCCAGGGAGGGGGGUGGCGAAGGGCAAAGGGAAACUAACUGCUCUCUUUCAAGAUGCUGUGAGGAGGCUCACAGGGGGGGGCAGGGGAAGCAGCAGCGGCAGGAGUGAGAGUGACGGGGGGCACAUGGUGGAGAGAAUGAAUGCUCAGGCGCACCCCCAGGGGGGGUUAGUGGCCACGCACACGCAGACACAGCCGCCUCAGUUACCUGCGUUCAUGCAGCGACUUGCACAACAUGGGCGGUAGCAGUGGCAGCAGCAGCAGCAGCAGGGGCGGCGGCAGUGGCGGCAGCAGCAGCAGUAGCAUUAGCUGCAGCAGUAGCAGCAGCAGCAGUGGCAGCGGUAGCAGUAGCGGCAGCACCAGCAGCAGUAGCAGCAGCCGCAGCAGCAGCUGCAGCAGAGGCAGGAGCAUGGGCAGGAGUGGGAGUGAUGGGGGAAACAUGGUGGAACGAUUGAAUGCGCAGGCGCACACCCAGGGAGGCUUGGUGGCCACGCACACGCAGACACAGCUGCCUCAGUUACCUGCGUUCAUGCAACGACUUGCCUCACAUGGCCGUUAGGAGUGGCAGCAGUAGGAAGGUUGUUGUGAUAGAUGCAAACACUCGCACGCGGACACAGCCGCAUAAAUUACCUGUGUUCAUGCAGAAUUUUGUGCCACAUGGCCGUCAGGAGUAACAGUACCAGCAGCAGCAGUCGCAGUGGGAGCGGCAGUGGGAAUGGGAGUGGAAAUGAUGGGGGCCACACGAUGGGAAUGAUGGGGGCCACAUGGUGGGAAUGAUGGGGGCCACAUGGUGGGAAGAGUGAAUGUGGCACACCCCAAGAGGGCUUGGUAGCCGCACAGAUGCAGACGGGUGCCGCCGAUGCCUGUGUUCAUGCAGAAACUUGCGCCUGGUGGUCCAUAUGGGCGUUAGGGGGAUGGCAGCAACAGCAGUAGGAAGGUUGUUCUAAACAGAGAUACAAACACCAGAUGCAGACCAUGAAAUUGAACAGAAAUGUAUUGCUUGAAACAUACCGUAUUCCCCCGUAUAAAGCACCCUAUGGUGUUAAUAAAAAUGCAUGAAAUUU